UCCAGUCAUCACUUCUUCGAAAUGUUCUGAUGCUAAUACGUCACCUCCGCAAGCCAAAUGUCAAAUUCACAACAACUAUAUCUUCAUACUGUCGCGCUUUACGGACCUCGGCGCAAGCGUCCACACCGAAUACCCAGAAUACUACGAUUUCCGCGUUGAGCACCCCCGCACACAUUCCGCGAAUUUACCCCCCUCUAUCAACUACAAUGGAUACGAACAUCCUCCCAGUUAAUCCCGAUCGACUUGGGAAUAUAUCAUUCCAUGAGAAUCCCGAUAAUCUGAUCGGUGAAUGGAGCAUAGAGUACAAUGAAGGCGAGGAUGCGCAAAGUCUCUCGCGGGCAGCCAAAGAGCUAGCUUCGACCGAUGUACCUGUAGCAUUUCCUACAGAAACCGUGUAUGGACUCGGUGCUGAUGCUACACGAAGCUCAGCAGUGAGAGCUAUAUUUGCCGCAAAGGGGCGUCCGGCCGACAACCCACUGAUCGUGCAUGUCCACUCCAUACCACAACUUCAGGCCCUCCUUCUAGGAAAGAAGGACUCCGUGCAACCUGCGCAAGAUCCCAUACCGGAGAUAUAUAGACCAUUGAUUAAGCAGUUCUGGCCGGGCCCCCUGACAAUCAUAGUUCCCAACCCAAAGGACUCGGUCCUCGCGCCCGAAGUCACAGCUGGACUAGAUACAUUUGGAGCGCGCAUGCCUAGGAGUAUACUUGCACUAGCACUUAUCAGACUCUCCGGUGUGCCGCUUGCUGGACCAUCUGCAAAUGCGUCGACUAGACCGUCACCAACAGCGGCAGAGCACGUAAAGGACGACUUGGAGGGCCGCAUACACACGAUUGUAGACGGUGGGCCAUGCGAAGUUGGUGUUGAGAGCACUGUUGUAGAUGGACUGUCUUCUCCGCCCACGAUAUUGCGCCCAGGCGGUGUGACCGUUGAACAAUUACGCCAGUGCCCCGGAUGGGAGAACGUCGUGAUAGGAUACAAGGACGCACAUGAGAAGGGCAUCAAGCCUAGAGCGCCUGGCAUGAAGUACCGUCACUACUCACCUAAAGCUACGGUGGUUCUGUACGAAGCAGGUGCCAAACGCCCCGAGUCUAGUGAGAUUCCAGCACAAGGAAAGAAAAUUGGAAUCAUCCGAACAACAGAGUGGCCAAAAGCUCUAGGACUGGCUGUCGAAGGCAACGACAUUCAGACGACGCAUACCAACGGAAUUGUUCCUCAUACACCUGCGGAUACGAACGGAUCUGCCGCGUCACAAACGCGCCUGUCAAACCUACUUCGAUCCGUAAUCCAGCAUCAAAUCCCUCACGCGGAGCCGUUGCUGUUGACAGAAGGAGUCCCUUCACCAGUUGAGAUUUUGGAUAUCAACCUUGGUGCUGGAAUCGAGGACGUUGCUCGCGGCCUCUUCUCUGCUUUGAGAGAGCUUGACAAGCAAAAUGUCGAUAUCAUAUAUGUGGAAGGCAUCAACGACAAGCUUGGUGAUGACAUCGCAGCCGCAGUGAUGAACAGGCUUCGAAAGGCAGCCGAGAUACGAGUAUAAUAGAAUUAAAUGAAGCAAUACAUAUAGACCUUAUCACUUACUAUUAUUCAUAGUCAUUAGAGUGAUUUUCGAAGUGGUAUAUCUACUGGAGAUGGUUGAUUGCUGGAGACAGAGAUAUUCUAUCCUAUCUGGAUUGCCUACAAUUUCGCCUUUGUGUCGUCUCGGACAACAGUGCCUCUGUUUUGCCCACUUCUCUCCUUGUCUCUGAGCACUCGCCUCAGAAUCUUACCACUUGCGCUUUUUGGUAUCUCUGCGCAGAACUCUAUCUCCUUGAUCCACUUAUAUCG